UUGGAAAAGUUAACGCGGAAGUGGGAGUGACGCCAACACCCCCUUAUUCCCCCCACCCCAAAAACUCCUCCUCUUCCUCCCUUUUCUCUUCCUGUUCGACGACUUCACCUGGACGAUAACAUCUGGACCUCGUUAGCUGGCUAGCUUAGCCUAGCAUUAGCUACCCCCAUGUGCGAGCGCCCCAAGAUCCACGUGUUCCUGGCGGCCCCGCGGCCCUCGACCGGUGACGGCGGCUUGCAGAGUGUGCGGCUCCCCUGCUGGAGACGACUGAAGCUCACCUGGCGGGAGGGCCACCUCAUCCCUGCAGCCGACGAAGAUGGCGGCACGCAGGAGGAUGAAAGCUCACCGAAGGAGGCUUCGGCCUCAACAAGUCAUCAGAUCACCAGGCGGUCGCGCCGCCCAGAAGACCAGCGAGCAUCCCCCCUUGGCGAGGUCUCACAUUUGCCGGCUGAUCAGCCUGAACCGCAGCUGUCCCUCUUCAGCCGGUACCUCUCCACUUGGACCCUGAGCCAAGCCCUAUUCCUCAGAGGCAUCCAAUCGUCACGCUGCGCUACUAAGCCUGAACACACUCAAACGUCGGCGGCCCACGCACCAGGCACACCGGAGCUCUUCAGUCCGGCCUCCGGCUCGCCUCGAGGUGAUGAUGAGCUCCCUGGUGCGGCGAGGCGCUCUCCUGAAGGUCCAGGCGGGCCCGUUAGCCUGGCCCGGGUGGAGCAAGGAGGUGUGGUCCUUGAGGCCACCUCGAACGGCGUACUGUGCUCGCAGGAGGCCGACCAUCCCGUUUCAGCUUCCGCUUUUAAAAGAGCUCGUCUCGACGAGGCGUCUGACGGCGGCGCUCCCAAAGGCUUUCGAGCUACCACAACACUUCUGGCCAGGUGUGCCGAUGCGGCGGCUCGCUAUCGGGUUCUGGUUGCCGUGGUUCAUCCCUCUCAACUGAAGGAAAUCAAGGUGAAGCGUGGCGCGUCUGCGGGCUCCCUGGUGCCCUUGGCCAGCCUGGUGGUGACGGACCAAUCGGCCGUGGACAUGACAGUGCUGCUGUGGCGGCGGGCGGCGUUCUGGGCGGCGGCCGUCGAUGUCGGAGAUGUCCUCUUCAUCACAGGCCUACAGCUGAGUGAGGACACCUGGAGGGGAGAGAAGAUACUGGAGUCCACCUUCAGGAGCAAACUGCUCAACUUGGGUCAUGUCAGUGCCCCCAGCUGCCCCACAGGUGGCCAGCAUGUCGAUGCUGGCUCCGUCUCUUCUCUCUCCGACUUUCUCCGAGAGCGGCGCCCUCUGCUGCUGUCCGUGCCGCGACGCCCCCCCCAGGACAUGAAACGUCUGCCGUAUGCCCCCCUGUGGCCACGCGCAGUCAACACGCUGUUCCACGCCUUGCUUCGUGUCAGGCACGCAUACGUCAGCGCGGGUGUGUCACCACGUUUUGUCCCAUGUGUGGCAGAGUGGCGAGCGGAGGCGGAGUCUUGCCGCAGGUCAGCUCUAGAGCGUCAUGCGGUGGCGAGCGUGGUGGGGGCUGACGGCCAGAAGGGGGUGCUGCUGUUGUGGGGUUCAGCUCUGGACUGGCUUCCGCGCUUCAGGAAGCACCAAGAUGCCAUCUGGGAUAUUCGCUUCCUCCUGGUCAGGGAGGCUCCAGACUUCGAUCUCCCCGAGCUUCACACGACCCCCUGGAGCGACGCCCGGCGAGUGGACGCCGCCGACCGGCGGCUCGGCUGUUUUGUGUGCGCGACUGGUCGCAGCGUGGAGAUGGACGUGGACACGCUGCUCUCACAGCAAUACUCAGGAGAAGCGCUACUCAGGGUGCAGGCGCUAGCUUUCCGCUUCCAGCCUUCCCACGGCGCGCCGCGGCCCAUCUUGGACAGCUCCGUGCCGCUCUCCGCGUUCCUGGCGGCGCUGAGUGGCGACGUGACGUAUUCGGGCUGCAGCCGAUGCGCCGCCGAGCUCGACGUCGACAUCAACGGAAUUUACAUUCCGUGCUACCCUUGUCUGCCUUCCGGCGCCGUGCGGCGAUACUACAGGCCGGCCGUGUUGACGGUGAGCGGGCGGGGCUCCGCGCAGGUGUGCGUUCAGCUUCCCGGCGUCACUGUGCAGAAGAUUCUGGACGUGCCGCCCGAUCGGCUACUCCGAAACGCAGCUGCAGGCUCUGAUGUCAAACACGUCCAGGUGGCGGCGGAGAGGCUCCACGCGCUCCUGAGCCUUCCCAGAAAAGACGUGCUCAUCACCGUGCGCAGCCUUUUCCUGUGUGAUGAGAACAGCGCCCCCAUCAGUCGGGAGUUAACGCUGCUCGACCUCCGCUUUGUCUCCGACACGUGAAGAGCGCCCGGCACGGCUCAGUCAGGUCAGGUCACGUCUUUUGCGAAGGAUCACUCUGCACUAAGAGAAAAGUUGUCCCAGCAACGGGUUAUGAUUCACACGGGCUUGGACAAGAUUCUUGUCGAUGCUUCAGUGUCAGAGUGAAUCUAAGAACUCACACGGCCUUUGUGUCCGUGAGCAAGGGACCGAACCCCCACUUGCUCCUGAUGCUGCGUCAACAGUAGAUGAAUGAUGAGUCAGUGUGAAACACUUU